AUGGCAGAACUCAAUCCCACAGGUCCCUCUCAGCCCUCCUUGAACGAAGCCUACAAACACCCAGACAACCCAGCACAAGGCUCAAACGAACAUGCUGCUUCCGAAUCCGCAGGUGCCUCCACACAACGCUCAGCACCAACCUACACUACACGAGAGGCAGGCGACGUACCAGAUCCACAGCAAGAGGACGCAACGCCCAGCUCGCUAGGAUACGGUGUACAAGAUGCUAGUCAAGACAAGGGAGACAGCAUCCCGGCCGGCAUCAGCUCCCUCGACGCCGAGCAGAUGCGUGCGCCCGGCGAAGGCGACAUCGCGUCCGCCCAGGACAAGAAACAUGGCUUCGGUGAACAAACUUCUCUCACGAGCGGGCUGGACAGGAAGAAAGCUGAACAAGAGGAUAUCAAGUCAAGACGAGGUGGAGACGAAGGGGGCGGACCAGGCGGAGGUCAAGGGGGAGGCGACGGCGUCGAUAUUGCUGGCGCGCUGGGUGAAGAUCGGGUAGUAGGUGCAGAGAGCAAUGGCGGCGCUGGGAUUGGAGGAGGUGGACAGGGGGAUCACACGCAUGUGUAG